GCCCAAUGCUCAGGAAUGCCUGGCCUGCAAGCUGCGCACGAAGGCCGCCCGGGAACCUGUGUAAACCAUGAAGCCAUAGGGACGGAAGUGGGGCGGUGGCGACGGAGGAGAAGCGAAGCGGACGAAGCGCGCAGGUUCCGGGGCCUCCUCAUACGGACCGAGAUGGCGGAAGAGCCGGGCCUGGCCGAGGCGGAGGCCCGCCGAGCGAGCGAGGGAGAAGAGGCCGCGCUCGUCGGGCCCCGCGGCGGGGCCUGCGAGUCGUCCCCGCCGCGCCGCCUGGUGCUGCCGCCGUCCUGGCUGUCCCCGGAGGGCGGCCUUCAGGCGGGCCUGGGCCGCCGCUUCCCCGCUCUGGAGGUGCUGGACGUGAGCGGGACGGGGCUGUCGGCGCUCGGCCCGGAGCUGCUGGAGCUGGCGAGGCUCCACACGCUGCUGGCCAAGAACAACCGUCUGGGCGCCGACGGCUCCUUUCCGAAGGGCCUGGCCGGAGCCCCGCUCGCCCGCACCUUGCGAGUCCUCAACCUGAGCGGCAACCGCUUCACCCAGGUGCCGGCCUCGUUGCUGGGCCUGCGCCGCCUCCAGAGCCUCAGCCUGGGCAGCAACCGGCUCCAGAGCAUCCCGCCCGCCAUACAGGAGCUUAGCAGUUUGGAGUUUUUGUACCUCGGAGGAAACUUCAUUACUUCAAUUCCACCAGAGUUGGCUAAUUUGUCUUUACUAAAUUACCUAGUCCUGUGUGAUAACAAGAUACAGAGUAUUCCCCCUCAGUUGGCACAGUUGCAUUCCUUGCGCUCCCUUAGCCUCCACAAUAACCUGCUGACAUACCUUCCUCGGGAAAUCCUCAAUCUAGUUCAUCUUGAAGAAUUGAGUUUGCGUGGGAACCCAUUGGUUGUACGAUUUGUCCGUGACUUGACCUACAAUCCUCCAAGUCUCCAAGAACUGGCUGGACGCACCAUUAAAACCCGCAAUGUUCCCUAUGUUCCUAGUGACCUCCCUGGAAAUCUCCUCCGCUAUUUGAGCCUAGCCAGCAACUGCCCCAACCCUAAAUGUGGAGGAGUCUAUUUUGACAGCUGUGUCCGACAAAUCAAAUUUGUUGACUUCUGUGGGAAGUACCGCCUUCCUCUGAUGCACUACCUGUGUUCACCAGAGUGCUCUUCCCCGUGCAGUUCUGCAUCUCAAAGUUCUACUUCCCAGAGUGAGUCUGAUUCAGAAGAUGAAGCCAUUGUUGCAGCGCGCAGGAUGCAAAAAGUUCUUCUUGGCUAGGAGAAGGAAGGAAAAGACUAGAUGCGAAUCGUGUUAAGAAAAGCAGUUGUGGAACUACGGUGUCUGGUGCUGUGCAAGAGACAUCCUAGGAACGUUACCUUGACCUGUCUCUACUUUGUGGCUCAUAGAAAUGUGGGUGGCCAAACAGAAUAGUUUGGGGAGUGUGUCCUGAGAGGCUAAAGUUACUUCGUGCAUUUGGGUGGAAAUUGACACAGGAACCUUUGAAGGUAAUGCUAUUGGGGAAAUAAUUCUAGGGUUAGACAUUUCAGGACUUCUUGGCACUGGGGACCAGUUAAAAGGGUGCUUUGAGUUCUUCAGUACUGAGGCUAAGGAUGAAGUAGACUGAUCUUUGUCACUGUGAUAAAACAAAUAAUGAUAUGAUAGUACAGGGUGGAAACUCCCCAGUGUUAGCAGCUGCAUCUAUCGUACUUGAACAUUGCUGUCUCUCAAUGGAGGUGCUUGGUCUUUAUUUUUAACAACAUUCCUCCAAAGUACAGAACUAUCUUAAUUUUGACACUACUUUGGCUGGAUUCACUGCCUAUAACAGGUGUUCUGCUCUAGUAACAGAACUAUGCUUUUCUUUGUAUUACAUUGCUUUGCACUGCAGCAUUAGUGCCUUCUUUGGACUUUCUCCUUUUUGUUACAGUUGCUACAUCACUGUCCUUAUAUAACUAUCUUGUGAUAAUUCCUGAGUCUCACCAGCUUUUCCCUGUGUGGUCCAAGAAUUACUUGCCCUGGUCUAAGUCCAUCUGAAGCAAAAGUGUAACUACCCAGUAACUAGUAAAUUGCAAACUAAUCCUUUGCUUCCAACUUGGUUCUUAUACACACAGGUGCCAUUCUUUAAGAAUUUUAUGCUUUCGACAAUAUUUGCUCAAAGAGCAUAGCUACGUCGUAAACGUCAGUGGUUAGAAUAAUAUGAUGCCUUACAGCUGUAUAACUCUGAAGAGUCAGGCAUUUCUACCAAUACUACAAUGUUUCCUGUUCCCUUCAAAGCAUAGGUUUUUUAUGUCAUAGACUUGACCCUUCUCUCUGUCUUGCAACUCAGUUUGCCUUUCUCAUAUUAGUUUUGGCUUCCUGUGGAUUUUGCCCACUUCUGUGCUUAUCUGUCAUUGUUCGAGAUUCUAUCGUGUACAAUAGGCAGGUGUCUAGCCUCAGUAGAAGAUUUUUCAAAAGUU